AUGAAUCAGUUUAUUGAGGAGCGUGAUCAGAAAUUUGAUAAAGUUAACGAUGAGGCUAUCAAUAAAUUAAAAUCAAAAAUAAAAGAAUACGAUGAACAACUUAUCCAAGCUCAAGAAGCCCAACGACAAAUUCAAGUUAAUCAAGUAAUUGCUAACCUUGAGGAAAUCGAUAAAACCACCACCACCGUCACACCUGAAUCUGAACAAGCAUCUGAGUUGCGUCAACAAGUUGAAAGAAUUCAAAAUGAGAUCGAGGCUAAAAGUCAUACUAUAGCUGCAUUAUUGUUUCCUUCAGUUGAAAACCAAAACACUAUUAGGAGAUUAGAGGAUGAACUCCAAGAAUCUAGAGAUGUUCUUCGUCUUGCGAUCGAAGAGAGAAAUAAUAGUAUUUGGAAAACAAUUAAAUCGAUUUUCGCCGGCGAACGUACCUAUCGAUGCAUUUUAAAAGGUUAUGAGGCGGAAGAUAUGUUUAGGGGAACACGAUAUCAUGAAGAAAUUAGCAAGAAUAAUUCAAACCACCAAUCACUUGAAUCUCGUGUUACAAUAGUACAGCUAGAGAUGACUGAUAAUAUGCUUGCUGAAUUGGAAAAAAUAAUACUUGCAACGCAAACAGAAUUAUCUUCUUCCAGAUCGUCUGAAAUCGAAGAAUCCGAAAGAAUCAAACAACUCCAGACCAAAUUAAAUGAACUCACUUUCAAGUUAUCAAAUCAUUCUUCUUCAGCUGAGAUUGAGCUCAUAAAAAAUGAACUUUCGAAAUCAAAAACAAUUGAAGCUGAACAAAACCAAAUAGUCAAAGAGUUAGAAAUUAAAUUAAAAGAGGCACAAAGUCUCCGUAACAAAGAGAUUUCUAAACUUAAAGAUGCAAAUAAAGAAAUAGACGAACUUCAAGAGAAAUCCACUCAAAUAACGCAAUUAAAUGAGCAAGUUAUAAAUCUUGAAAAAGAACUUUCUAUUCUGGAACAAAAAUCAUCUCUUGAAUCUAAUGAAAUGGAAAAUGAAAUUACACGAUUAUUGGAAAUAAAUGAACAACUUGAGCAUGAUGUUAAAGAUUUGGGCAUAGAUUUAUCGAAUCCACGUAGCAGCAUUAGCGAUACAAAUUCACAUUCAGGUGCUGAAGAUUCAGCCAAAAACAAAAUUAUUAAACAAGAAGUUUUAAUUGCGCAUCAAAAUAAUAUUAUUAAAACCCUUAAAGAAAGAAUCACAGACUUGGAAAGAAAUGAUAAUGAUAACGCGCUUUCCCAACAACAAGAAAUAGUAACUUUACCAUCACCACCACCUAAAAAGUUAAAGAAACCAGCGAAAAAUUCUAAACCUAAUAGCAUCAUUAAAAAUGGGACUAUAGUUGCAGCCAAGCAGCCAGUGACCAAAUCAUCAGAACAAAACUGGAUCUUGGCAACUGUAGUUGGAUAUAAACCUGAGGUUAAACUUUAUGAGGUAGAAGAUGCAGACCAAUUUGAGGCAUCAAAUAGAUGGGCAUACAUGAAUCACAAUGAUCAUUCUGCCUCACCAUCACCAAUGUCCUCUCCACAAUUAGCUCCCGCCAAUUCACAUCCAAUAAACCAAACUACUGAUUAUGCUCAUAGACUUUUAAGUUUAGCCUCUGAAAGUCGUGACAUGCUUAAUAGCGUGGCUGGAAUUUUUAGCGAAACUGUUGUUAAGGCUGAAAGUUGGGUUGGGAAAUUAAGAUAUGUUGGUAUGACAGGCGGUGGUGCUAAUGCAAUGGGUCAAAUACAUUUUGAUGAUUCAUCAGAAUCAGAGGUUGAAAAUAUGAGAAUGGAAAUGGAUCAAAGACAAAGUCGUGCUUUCAAAGCUCAAUCACAUUCUAAAAGAAAAAAGGUCAGCGCCAAGAAUGAUGAUGAUAGAAUGGUGGAGAUAUGA